GUCCUUUACAACAGCGCGAUGACUGAGGAAACAUACGACGUGAUCAUCGUUGGAGGCGGUUUCUCGGGAACAUACAGCCUCUAUAAGCUCACGAAGUGCGGUUUCCGAUGCAAGCUGAUCGAGAAAGGGUCAGGGUUUGGUGGGACGUGGUACUGGAACAGGUAUCCUGGUGCGCGGGUGGACACCUAUGUCCCCUUGUACGAGCUCUCCAUUGAGGAGCUGUGGAAGGACUGGGAGUGGAAAGAGGCAUAUCCUUCAGGAGAAGAUCUCUUGACGUAUUUCGAUCACAUUGAUCGGAAACUUGGCUUGCGCCAGCACUGUUUGUUUAACGCCACGGUCAAGAGUGCGCACUGGGACGCACACAACCACUUGUGGAAGGUGGCCGCCGAGGGUAAUACCGGGAUAUACAAAGCGAAAAGCCGCCACAUUGUCUUGGGUGUGGGAAGUUUAUCAACGCCGUAUAUACCGAAAAUCAAAGGGUUAGACAGGUUCGCUGGUAAAUGGGCGCAUACAGCGCAGUGGCCGGCUGAAGGUAUCGAGUUUCGGAAUAAACGAGUCGGCCUUAUCGGAACUGGCGCCAGCGGAGUUCAAGUCGUUCAGGAAGUUGGGCCUAAGGCACAAGAGCUUGUCGUGUUUCAACGGACACCGAACAUGGCUGUACCUAUGCGGCAACGCCCUUUGCAGUCGAAUGAUCAAGCACUCGCAAAAGCCUCGUAUCCAGAAACUCAUCAAAGACGCCGCCAUACCUUUGGGACGUUCGACUACGACCUGAACGGACGCGAGACAAAUGACGAUACAGACGAACAGAGAGAGUUGGUCUACGAGGAGCUGUGGGACUUGGGAGGGUUUCGCCCUUUGAUUGGAGGGUACAUCGACGUUCUCUCGUCCAAACACGCUAAUGAUUUGUUGUACGCGUUUUGGAGGAAGAAGGUUUGCGAACGAAUCAGUGACAACGGGAAGCGUGCUAUCCUCGCACCUGAGACGCCACCACAUCCUUUUGGCGCAAAGAGAGUCUCUCUCGAGCAAAACUAUUGGGAAGUCAUGUGUCAGAGUAACAUUGACCUUGUAAACGUAAACGAGGAGCCCGUUAUCGAGGUAACGGCCACGGGAGUCAGGACGACGAGGCAGGAAUAUGAGUUUGAUGUAAUAAUAUUGGCUACGGGGUUUGAUGGGUACACGGGAAGCUUCCUCCAGAUCGACAUCCGAGGUGAGGGCGGCAGAACAAUCCAGGAACAUUGGAAAGAUGGUGUCAAAAGCUAUCUUGGGACGUCCAUCGACCAGUUCCCGAACUUGUGGUACAUCUAUGGUCCUCACGGGCCAGCCGCGCUAAACACAGCACCUGUCGUCGCGGAGAUCCAGACCGACUGGCUUGCAGGUUUACUUGAACACCUACGGAACCAAAGUAUCACCAAAGCGGUAGCAAAAUCUACUGCUGCGGACGUAUACAGCCGUCAUGUGUGCGACAUUGCGCCUCCGCUGGUGCUCCAAGCCAAUAGUUGGUACUUGGGCGCCAACGUCCCCGGUAAGAUGCGGGCGAUCCGAGACUACAUGGGUGGGGUGCCCGCAUACAUAAGUGAGCUUGCAAAGGAGGUUGAAGAAGGGUACCCAGGCUUCCAAACGUCCGGACCUGAGACAGGGUAA